GCUGCUGCUGCUGCUGCCUCAUUGUCUUUCCAUUUCUUGAUAGAAAAAUGUAUCAGACGGACUCAUCUUGGGGGUCUUAUUUGCCACCAAGAAAUGUUGGUGACCCAUUGGAACGCAUAGAGUGGUUAGCCUCAGAGAAUGCUGUGGUAAUCUUUAGCAUAAGCACAUGCUGCAUGUGCCAUGCCGUAAAGAGGCUCUUCUGUGGUAUGGGGGUGAACCCAACAGUGCAUGAGCUAGACGAGGACCCCAGAGGGAAGGAGAUGGAGAAGGCUCUCAUGAGGCUUCUUGGGAGCUCAUCUGCUGUUCCUGUUGUGUUCAUUGGUGGCAAACUCGUGGGUGCCAUGGAUAGAGUCAUGGCUUCUCAUAUUAAUGGUACUCUUGUGCCUCUCCUUAAGGAGGCUGGUGCUCUCUGGCUCUGAUCAUGAUAUGACUACUCUAUAGAAAAAAAAAGAAAAAAAAUCUUUAUAGCAAAGAAAGCAGAGGAAGAGGAGUGGUGGUUUUGCGAGUGAUCUCCUCCAUUUUGGAUACUAUUAAUUACUGAUUUUUUUUUUUUUUCCUGCUUUUUUAUUUUUUUUUUGGGUUUGUUGUUUUUUCUGGACCUAUUUUCUGCAAAUGGGUCUUUUGGCUUGCCUGUGUUUUCACUAAUCUGAGUCUGAUCAUAGAAAUGUAAUUGCUCCCUCCUCUGUAUAGAUAGAAAAGAGAGGGAAAGCCCACUUAUUAGUUUAGCCGCUCUAUUUUCAUUU